AAUGAUGUAUCCGUUAUGUAUCCAAGGAUGUAUAUCCUUGCGUUCACCUGUCAUCUCCGGUUGAAUCAUCGGUUCUGAAAAUAGAGGAAUUUCAUUGACGUAUUUCGGACAAGUGACAUCAAUGACCGCAUCAUAAUAUCGUUGGUGACGUCUCAGGCAUGCAGGAUGGACAGGAUUUUGUUGUGCAAUUUCCGUUGCAUUCUGAUUGCCUAUAAAACGCCACGGUCAAUCUUGGUAAGGCAUUCAACUUACGGAAUGGCUAUGCAUCUUUCUUCUGCGUUAAAACGCUUCACUAUGGUUACAACUAGCAAGGAAACUGAAGCAGAUGCCAAAAUGAAAGAAUCGCCACUACAAGAAGGACUGCAACGGGCAACAUUUGGGCUUGGAUGAUUCUGGGGCCCCGAGGCACAGUUUGGUUGUGUCUCGGGAGUCAGAUACACCAGAGUUGGCUACACUGGCGGCAGCACCAAAAACCCCACAUAUCAUAGCAUUGGUGACCAGACUGAAGCCAUCGAGGUUGUAUUUGAUUCGAAUCUGUGCUCCUACGAGGAUAUGCUGAAGGUGUUCUGGCAGUUAGCGCGUCCACACCAUAACUUCAGCCGACAGUACAUGUCGGGCAUCUGGUACCACAACGAGGCACAAAAGAGGGCUGCAAAGGCGAGCCUGACUAUGCAGCAGAAAAGCAGUGCAAGACCAAUCGUCCUCGGCAUUCACUCUGCUGGGAAAUUCUACCAGGCAGAGCAUUAUCAUCAGAAGUUCCUGCUGAAGAGACACCGCUCGCUGGUUGAGCUGCUAGCAAUGCACGAGGAAGAGCUGGUCACUUCACCGAUCGCAACACGCCUUACAGGCUAUGUACACGGCUUCGGCAAUAGGGGCACUUUCAUGAAUGAAGCUAAGAUGAUGAAUCUUUCAGAGGAUAUAAAAGAUUACAUCUUAGAAGAAAGAGGGUGGUAGUAUCAAGAGUAAGAUAUUAACCCAUUUCUUAAUUAUUUGGGUUAUUAUCUUACUCUUGGUAGUAUCAAGACGAGGCUUAAUGGAAGUACGGUGGCAUCCUUAUGUUUGUCAGUGAUGCUUUGCAUUUCAUGAAUUUCUCGAAAUUUCAUGCAUUUUCUCACCAUUGUGUACUGCAAUUUACUCGCUUUUAACACGAAAUUACCUUUACAACAUAGACUUCCUUUGUAAAUCUCCUCUGCACAAUGCACAGAGAUUACUUUGUGUUAUGUAAAUAAGGGUGGAUUUAGAAUUGUAGGUGAAUUCAAAAUACUCACCAACAAAAGAAAAUCUCAGCCCUGAUAUGAAUGAGGCUAAACUGCAGAAUGUUUAAAAAAAUGUUGUUAGAAAAGUCUAUUGUAUAUUGAAUAGUUUUUAUGGGGAGUUUACCUGAUUUCUCUGUAACAUAAUUGCUAGAACAAUUUGACAAUUGAGCAUUUAUUAGUUGAAUUUCUUAGAAACUGUUGACAAUGAAUGUUAUAUAGUGAUUAUUUUAUCUUAGAGAAUCACGCAUGUGUUGUAGAAUUUGGUAGCGUAAACUUAGUUAUACAAUCACCGCGUAAAUCGUGCUCUGACACUGACGUGGGGUUUGUGUCAGAGAAUGUGACAUGACAGCACAUCCUGUCCAGUGCUUCCUACCUACUUAUGACGUCUGCAGGAUAAAUCUCAUGCUAAUCUUGCAGGCCGAUGUCCCCCAGGUGGCAUGCACCACCGGACAUGGAUGUGCGUCCGGAUAUUGAAUACUGGAGGUCAAGCUGCUAUGCAAAUGUGAUUCAAAGUUGUUGUAUAUUAUGUAUAUAUAUUUAUGAACCUGUUAUCAAAUAAAUGCACAAGUCGAGUGAUUCGGUAUA